GAAUGAACUAUCUGUGUAGCUGUAGUUCACCGCUGUGGUAGUCAGGUUCAGUGUAUUUAUGAGAUGUUUUCCCGAAUUAGAGUAUGUUUGGUUUCGGGUUUGACCAGAUUUCCCUUAAACUCAAUGAGAGUGGCACCUGUCCUCUGCAGACAUCAGCAUCGGACCUGCAGCAGCUCUGCAGAUGUCAGGGUGCUGUAUGAUGGGCGUUGUCCUAUAUGUGUGACGGAAAUCCGGUUCCUCCAGUUUCUGCAGAGAAAGCAGCCUGGGAAAGUAGAUUUUAUAGAUAUUUCCCUGCCAGGCUAUGAUGGAGAGAAAUACAAGGAUGUCAGCUACGACAUGGCCAUGGAGGAAAUGCAUGUGAUUGAUGAGAAAGACAAGGUUCACCGUGGGAUCCCAGCAUUUGCAGUCAUGUACAGUGCAGUGGGGCUUGGCUGGUUGGGUCGCCUGAUGAUGUGGUCACCUGUGAGACCAUUCGUGGACAAGUCCUAUGCCAUCUUUGCCAGAAAUCGCUUAAAGUGGACCGGACGUGGGGACGAGUGCACCACAGGAUCCUGUGAAAAGAAAACACAUUGACUCUUGACCACAGAAAAAAAAGUAUGUUUAAUAAUCCAUUAAAAUAUUUAAUCGCAAA